AUGCAGUCGCCGCUUCUUGUUCCAGCCUCCUCACCUCCGUGUUUGGCUGCAGAGGACGAGCAUCCCUGGACCGAGGCUGCAUGGGAGUCCUCUGUUGCUGCAGGGGAGUCUUAUGAGGCUCCAGAAGGCUCCUCUGUGACGGCAGAGACGUCUUACGAGGCUGCAGGGUACUUCUCUGAAGCCUCACAAGAUGUUUCUGGUGCUGCUGCAGGCCUCUCGCAGCCUGCAGUGGUUCAUAUUGAGGCUGCAGAGGACCGCAGCAGCAGCUGCAGCGACCCUGCUUUGUCAAACAAGGCUAGCGUCUCUCGAUUCGGAUUCUACAGCAGUGACGCCCACGUGGACUGCAGCAGCAAGUUCAGUUUCGCUUUGACCUGGGCUCAAGUCACCAAAGAGGUGCUGACCGGUGCUUACAACACCUUCAAAAUCGGCAGAUACGGUGGGUCCAGAGAAUCGGGAGAAACUGCAGCAGCAGUGUCUACAGCAGGGACUGCAGCGGUGGGUGGUGCAGAGGGUCCCACUGCAAGCUCAGCUCGGUCCGUUGCAGGCAAGGGCUCAGUUUCGAGAAUGGCAGCAGACAGGCUGAAGGAGUUGCCUUCCCGCAUCCCCAAGCCCAGCAAGGGCAGUGCAGGAGGUGCUGUGAAGCGUGGGACGAGGCCGGCAGCAGCAAGUGCAUGCCUGCCGCCGUCCCUCAUUCCCAAGCCACGGUCAGCCAAGACUGCACCUGCUGCACUGGCGAUCUCAGGGAUGGCACAUGCGGCUGUGGUAACCCGUCCUGUAGUCACAGUAAGCAGCAGCACAAGGCAGCAGCAGGAGAGGAGGAAUGGCGGUGCGGAAUGCAGGGGAAGGCGGCCUAUCAGGGCAAAUAAGGCAACAGCAGCAGCAGCAAGGCCUCCUUGGAGGCCUGCCGCCAUGCUGCUGCUGUCUCCCCCUGUGCUCCGCGCCACUUGCAGCUUUGCCGCCCGAAUGUCCGCCAGCGUGAAUGGCCGCAGCCGUUACACGCGGUUACCACCGCCACCACCACCACCAUUGCCGCUGCCACCAGAAUCGCCUGCCACUCCUGACAGGCCUGCACCAGUGCUCGCGCACCAGCUGUCCUCGGCUGAUUGGAGGGAGACGCUGUGA